GGCACCGGAGGAGGGAGUAAAGGCGACAGGCAGGUGCGAGCCGUGAAGGACGGGAGCGAGCAGUGACCACUGCGCCACAUUCAGACCACACCACCCACCGCAAUCAGGAGCGGAGCCAAGGAAGGAGGGGGCAGCGGGCGGCGACGAAGCAGCGGCAAUCCGACGGCGCGGCGGGGAGGGGGUGAGGCGGCGCCCUGAGCCGUAAAGGAGCCGGCUUUCGUAGCUCUUCCUGGGAGUGACCUUCUCCGACGAAACGAAAUGGCCCAUCAAGGACCAGGAGUGCCUAAGUUUGGAAGUUGGGAGGAUGAGGGCGAUCACCCCUACACACAGUACUUCGAAAACGCUCGUAAGGGCAAAUCUCCAGGCAGAUCUGCUACUCAGAACGAGCACAGAACUGGAGAUCCGGAAGCGCUCUUCAAAGAAGACACGACGCCAUCUGCUAAAGCUUCUCCCCUGCGGACUGGGUCGGAGGAUCCUGUGGCGCCAAAGCCCAAGGACGCGGCCUUUGCUCGAGGCAAGCCGUAUGCUGAGCCAGCAACCCAUAAACACGGUGCUAAUACCAGCUAUGAAAGAAAAACCGGCAUGGAGAGAUCGCCUCUGCAUCCUCACCACCAAGCAAGGCUCGUAAACAGAGGAGGUGUUUCGUCUCCUUCAUGGGAACGCAGGGGUUCGUCCGAAGGAAACCGUGGAGCUGCGCCCACCACACCUGGGAGGUCGUCCAAGAUGAGGCCAGGCGGCCGUGGAGACGAGACGCCUGAGAGAGGAUCUGCCGUGCCCAAGUUUGGAGAAUGGGACGAGAAAGAUCCCUCCACAGGUGAAGGCUUCACCGACAUAUUUAACAAGGUGAGGGAGGAGAAGCAGUCCGGCGAUGCUCCUGUCAUCACCAGCGGCAACGCAGGUGGUGGUUAUAGCCGCUCCAACCAAGGCCGCAAAUACGAAUCUUCAGCUUGCUCAUGCUUCAGUUGGUUCAGGAACUGAUGCUUCCUUGCAUGGUUGCUGAUGCUUCUGCUGGUUCAGCAGCUGAUAGGUGCCGUUGAAGAUUUGGAUGAACCAGUGCCGAUCGUAUCAUUUUCACAUGAGCUGUAGUCCCAUCGUGUUCUCCCUGUUGUGAUGCUGUGUGGUAGCAGGACGUGCCAGAACUUGACUUUGAGAAGCUGAGGUUCAGUAGUUUGAGCUGUUUUUGCAACAUGCGGUUUGUUUCUCCAUAGAAUAGAAUCCUUAAAUCAACAUCCUCCCUCACAAGAAUCCUGAAA